AUGCACCAGUAUUCGAUACCAGUAAAGACUGGUUCUGGUUCUGGUGGCUUCCUUAUAGACCUCUCGUGCGCACAGGCCAAGCUGAGCUGCGUGCGCGUGCAUGUGUGCGUCACGCGCUCGCGCUGCUGGAGCUGCGGUCACGAGCCUGAUCCAGUACCGAGCCUGAAGUGGAGGCUGAAGUGGAGGCUGGAGAAACCCAACGCCAUCACACCACGCACUGCAGCCAUCCCGUGUGUGUGGCCCACACAGAGGCAUCACAGAGCGGCCAGAGCGUGUGUACGGCCCGCUCCUGCAGAGUGUUGUGCAGCGGUGAUGUAUGCCUCCUUUGAAGGGUACUGCUAG